UUUUGGAUUAGUUCAUAUUUAGUGCUACACGUAAGGAUCCAAACAAGGCCUUCGUGUCACAACCGGUGUCACGUCGUAUCAGAAGUUGUUUGCGAACACAAUUUUUUUGAAAAAAUUACUCUAAUUUAACCAUCGUUUAAUAAAGUUGCCUGGAAUUUAAAAGAUAAACCUGAUGACGGAGAAGCCCUAAUCUUGCGAGGGGACACAAUUGCUAGAGAGCAGGGCUGGCUCAGUAGCCGAAUUGCCAGAAAGCCACCAUAGCCAUGCCCAUGUCGCUUGGGCCUCCGCCUCCUCGGCUCGGUGCCUUCCGCCGCGACGCCGCCCUCUUCUCCGCCGGCCAGUCCCGUGCUCUCUCUGGAUGCGCUAUUCUCGGGAGGACGAAUCUUGGCGCCGGGCGCGCCUACUGCCUCUUCUCCGGCGGCGGCGACCGCAGAAAGCAGGAGGAGGCUAGGGGAGCACUGGAGAGCGCCUUGGGACAGAAGAAGACAGGUUUUGAGAAAUGGGGCAUGGGAGUUGAAAAGAGGCAGCAAAGGGACCGGCGUGGUGGUCCUGGUCCUGCUGCCGGUGGUGGCGGAGGAAGGUCUGGAGGAGGUGGUGCUUGGUUGAGGUGGUUCAGCAGUGGAGGUUUUUGGGAUGCAGCGAAACAAACUGUUCUUACGAUCCUUGGCAUUAUAGCCGCGGUAAAGGUUCUUUCUGAUCGCAAACUUCAAUGUCUUGGUAGCAGCUCUUGUCAAUCCAUUGCUGAUUGUGUUGCGGCAGAUACGGCGCGCUCUCUCUUUUGCAGCUCAUUGUGUCUACCGGGGCACGUCAGCACCCACUGCUAGGACAAAAUCACCUCCUUUAGACAGUGGUGUUCUGGCCCCAGUGCCUGUCAAAGGAAGAGUUGGAAUGUCCGCGAAAGAAAGAGUUCUUAGGAAAUGGGGUUCAGACUGAAGUAGAACACAUCAACACACUGUAAUGCUUUAAGAGCUACAGUGUUUUUGACUGGUCAGAUUGUUUUGCAACCAUGAAUGUCCAAGCAGUAUUUCUGUGGAUUGUACUAUGGUAAUUCAAUAUUUACUCGUAGCUAGUGAUUGAAUUUGAGCUCUGAACUUGAUCGACUAUAUAUAGUUAUCCAGGCAGCUUUCAACAGUGGCACACCGACCUUGGGCAUGUUUCCCCAGUUAUUGUUCGAAACAACUUUCCUGUGUAAAUCUGAGCUCGCUGAAACUUGCGGGCAUAUUUCAUAGUCUAUAUUCCGAGCUUGGAUUGAUCAUAAAUAUACCUCCGUUUAUGUUGA